AUGGCCGUGGGCUGGAACGCUGCGGCCUCUGCUAGCUGCUGGCAGUUAUUCCUCGUCGCCUCGAUAUUUGGCCGCGUGCGUUUCUUUUCCGUUAGUUUCUUUUUGGUGCUGGUCGAGAUAGGAGAGGGGUCUGGGGUCGAAGACAGGGGCGGCGCCUCCCGUCGCCAUCCAUCCUCCUCCCGUCGCCAGCCAUCUUCGCCCGAUGUUGAGAACCAGGGACGACGGAGGCAGGAGGUUUCGCCGGCGGAGGUAUGUUUUUCUCGCCCCCGCUCCGUGUUCCAGUUCACGUUUGCCUGCGGGAUUUCGGAUGAGGGCCGCGACCGCGAGAAAUCUAGGGAGAAGGUUGUGGGACGCAGCGGGGAGAAGGAUGAGAGCCGCGUCCCUGAACAGAUUAGGGGUGGUGCUGCAGAUGUGAGGAUUCGUAUUAUGUUGUAUUUUGUCAGUAUUACAAAAUAUUAUGUGUUUGAGGAUUCUGUAACCAUUGGUGUGCUCUCAAAACGACUAGAGCUAGGUGCUGCUCAGAUAUCAAUGAUGAACAAGUGCUCAUGGCUAUUUUGUCAUGAUGUAGCUGACCAUGGAAAGUAUUAUUCUGAUGAUGGGGACAUUGAAGGAGACAGUGUGUAUAGCGACAGUGAUGGUUUGGAAUAUAGACCAAGAGACACUAUCUUAGAUGAUGCAUUAUUUGGGUUCUUCAGGAAACAAGCUGUUAAAUCAUUGAAGAGAAAUUUCUCAGAUUUUUGCAUGGAUGGUUCAGCAAACAUGAAGGCUAAGCCGAACACACAUGAUGGUGUCAGUAGGAAUGUGUUCAGCAGAUACUCAAUAAAGUAUUAUGUUGAAGUAAUAAGGAAGUUGACUGUAGAACAGAGAUCUGUUAUUGAAAAGUUUGGUUUUGGAUGCUUGUUACUUCUUGAUUUGCAUGACAUCCCAUCACAGUUCGCUAGGUGGGUUGCUGAUUGUGUGGACCCUGUUUGCUCUCAGAUCACAGUGUGUUACAAACACAUUGACAUAUCGAAGAGUACUGUCCAUCUGAUUCUUGGCCUGCCAAAAGAUGGGUUAGAGGUUCCUUGUAACAGCGACGAAGGCAGGGAGUUUAUCUUGAGUCAUUUUCACUUGUCUGAAAUGCCUCAUAUCACUUUCUUCGGCAACAAAUUAUGCGGGUCUGAAGUAUUAAGUGAGCAUGAUAUUUUUGUGUGCUUCAUGGUAGGAAUUCAGUAUGUAAAUGCGCGGACAGCGGUUUUUAGUUUGCAAUUAUGAUGUAAUUUUGAGAAAUUAUGUGUUAGUUGAACUAUGCCAUAGAAUGUAAACUCCUGGUUGUUUAUUGUGUUUC